GUUUGUUCGAUGGAUGUCGAAAAAGGAACUUGCCAUUUGCAUUUGACGAAAUGGUAUUACAACAAAGACACUGGUGAAUGUCAUGUGUUCAUGUAUUCGGGUUGUAAGGGUAACGGAAAUCGUUUCUCAUCGAAAGCUGAGUGUGAACAUUUGUGCCAUAAGGAAACAGCAGUUUCGCAAGAAGAUGAAGAGAAUGUGUGUAGGAUUGAGAGGGAUAGUGGGCCGUGCACAGAUCCAGUAACUCAAUGGUAUUUCGAUCCAGACGAGCACGUUUGUAAGCAGUUCACUUAUGGUGGAUGUCGUGGAAACGGUAAUCGUUUCGACUCGAGAGAACAAUGCGAGAAGAGGUGCUCACCGCAAUCACAAGAUCUAGUGGCUAUCGAUUCAGAACGAGUAUGUAUGUUACCGUUCGAAGCUGGGCGAUGUCGCGAAUCGUACCGAAAAUGGUAUUUCGACAAGGCAGUUGGUUACUGCCGAAUGUUCGUGUACAGUGGUUGCGACGGCAAUGAGAAUCGCUUCGAUACAGAAGCUGAAUGCAGACAAGCAUGCUCAUCGCUAGCUUCGAGAUACGCAAUCGAGAAUCGUGCAUCGUUGAAGUUAGUUGGCAGUCAUGUGCCUAUAGCUGGUUCGAAGCUUAAGUUGAUUUGUUUAGCGCAUAAUCAACAUCCAAUCAGAUGGUUCAAGAACGGUCGCGAUCUGGAAUAUGAAAUCGCGAACGAUCACAGAAUAAAAAAGUCCGAAAUGGAUACUCAUUUGACAAUUUCGGAUUUACUCGAGUCGGAUAGUGGCGAUUAUUCGUGUUCAGCUGGUUGGACUGGAAUUCUGUCAGAUCCAAUCAAAGUCGUUGUUAAAGCCCUACAAAUAUCAGAGCAAUGUGUCGAUCGAGGAAAUCAAGCCACAUGUCAGCUGAUUAUCAAAGCUGGUUUAUGUAUAAACGCAAGGUAUGGUAAAUACUGUUGCAGGACUUGUACAGAAUCUGGCUUUAGGGUUUGA